GGGCGCGCGCCGGGAGCUGCUGGGCUGCGGCGGCGGCGGCGGCGGCGACGGCGGCGGCAGCGACGGUUACUAUGGCGGAGUCGUUCGGAGCCUCCUCCUUCCUCCUCCUGGUCUUCCUCCUGCUGGAGGGCGGCGGCGGCGCCGGGCCCCGCGGGACCCAGGCUCUGAUAUGUUCAUGUACAAACUGUGUGAACACCAACUACACGUGCGAAACAGAUGGGGUCUGCAUGGUUUCCAUUUCCAACAUGGAUGGGAUGGAGCACCAUUCUCGAACCUGUAUCCCCCAGGCUGAGCUCGUGCCCGUAGGAAAGCCCUUCUACUGCCUCAGUUCAGAUCAUGUUCGAAACACACACUGCUGCCACACGGACUUCUGUAACAAGAUUGACCUAAGGGUGCCCAGUGGUCACCUGAAGGACACCCCAUCCAUGUGGGGUCCUGUGGAGCUGGUCGCUGUCAUUGCAGGCCCAGUGUUCCUCCUUUUUCUCAUCAUCAUUGUCGUCGUCUUUGUUAUUCACCAUCAUCAACGGGUUUAUCACAACCGCCAGCGGCUGGACAUGGAAGAUCCCUCUUGUGAAAUGUGUCUGUCCAAAGACAAGACACUUCAGGAUCUUGUCUACGAUCUGUCUACUUCAGGGUCUGGCUCAGGGUUACCACUCUUUGUCCAGCGCACAGUGGCUCGUACAAUUGUCCUACAGGAGAUCAUAGGCAAGGGCCGAUUUGGGGAAGUAUGGCGUGGCCGGUGGAGGGGUGGAGAUGUGGCUGUGAAAAUUUUCUCUUCCCGGGAAGAACGGUCUUGGUUUCGAGAAGCGGAAAUAUACCAGACUGUCAUGUUGCGUCAUGAAAAUAUUCUUGGAUUUAUUGCUGCUGACAAUAAAGAUAAUGGUACUUGGACCCAGCUGUGGCUUGUUUCUGAUUAUCACGAACAUGGUUCCUUGUUUGAUUAUCUUAACCGGUAUACAGUGACUAUCGAGGGGAUGAUUAAGCUGGCCUUGUCUGCUGCUAGUGGGUUGGCACACCUGCACAUGGAGAUUGUAGGUACCCAGGGGAAGCCUGGAAUUGCACAUAGAGACUUGAAAUCAAAGAACAUCUUGGUGAAGAAAAAUGGAAUGUGUGCAAUCGCUGACUUGGGCCUUGCUGUCCGUCAUGAUUCAAGCACUGAUACUAUCGACAUCGCCCCAAAUCAAAGGGUGGGGACCAAGAGAUAUAUGGCCCCUGAAGUGCUGGAUGAAACCAUCAACAUGAAACACUUUGAUUCCUUCAAAUGUGCUGAUAUUUAUGCCUUAGGGUUGGUGUAUUGGGAGAUUGCCCGAAGAUGCAAUUCAGGAGGAAUCCAUGAGGAAUAUCAGCUCCCAUAUUAUGAUCUUGUGCCCUCGGACCCUUCCAUUGAGGAAAUGCGGAAGGUAGUAUGUGACCAAAAGCUGCGGCCCAACAUCCCCAACUGGUGGCAAAGUUAUGAGGCGUUACGGGUGAUGGGAAAGAUGAUGCGAGAGUGCUGGUAUGCCAAUGGUGCGGCACGCCUGACUGCCCUGCGCAUUAAGAAGACUCUUUCACAGCUCAGUGUGCAAGAAGAUGUGAAGAUCUAGUCCCUUCCCUACCCCGUCCAUAUGAAGCUCUGGGCAUCCAGAACCACACAGAAACCUGCCAUGCUAGAGGGUAAUGGAGGCCUACCUCUCGUUUCUGCCCAGCCCUGUGUCCCAGGCUAGCCUGGCGCAUAGGAGGGAAAGAGCCUGGGAGAGACGCUCUCGCCCACUUGGGGUUUGAGACACAUAUCGUUUUAUGUUCACCUCCUAAUGGCAUGGAGACUGGUGAGCUAUGGUGCCGAGGACUCAAUGCCAAGCUUAUAGCUUUCUUCCAGUGGAAAGCUAAGCCCAGUACCUCUGGUAGUCUGGCUGGGAACUGUUACAGGGACAGCUUGGGAAAGGGCCGGGAAAAAGUGAAGAUGGCUUACCAUCACCAAGCUGCUGUAGAGUUCUCUUGUGGGAGCCUGCGCACAGCCCACAGAAAUGGCCUAGAGGAACCGAGGUGACGCCCCCUCCAAGGGGCAGCUUGGAGCCAAAUGCACGAACACCUGGAGGAAUCAUCCACGGAGAUGGAAGAGGCUGCCUGUUGUGUCCGUUCUAGCUGUGUGUGCAUGUGCGAAGGCGUCUCUCCCUGUGCCGGGCCCAUGCCAUGCCCUUACACGUGUGUGUAUGUAUCUGUGUGUGUGUGUCUGUAUGUGUGUGUCUGUCGGUACGCACUUAACUGCUUGAGCUUACUGUGCAUGUGCAAGUCUGGGUUGCAGUCAGUUGUCUUUCAGUCUCAGUGUGCUGGUGCCUCUUUAUUCAGUAGUAAGCAAAAUAUUGUUUCUCCAGGCUUCCCAGGGAGGCCUCUGUCUCUUCUUCCCUGGACUAGCCCCCUUCACUGGGUGACCCUCUCUGCCUAAGGACUCUUCCUUUUUCCCUUACAGCUGACUGCCCUGCCUCACUCCACUCCUCCAUUUCAGACUUUGGAACCAAAGCUGGCACAGAUUGGCCAUUUUUGCUUGGUGCCACACAGUUGCCUGUGGGUGGGGAGAAAAUUUGAGGUCAAAAUACGGGGCAGAUGAAGGGUGGGAAGGGAAUCUUGAGUGGGGUGGGAAGGACUGGGGAAUGGGGUGAGGGAGGUAGUACUGUGCCCAGUGGCGAUUGAAAUCUCAGCCAGACCAGGAAUUUUACCUUCUGCAGCACCAAGAAUUAGCUGUGGAAGGUAAGGACCCAGAACUUUGGAAUCAGAUUGGAGCACCCCAUCCUCCUUUUGUAUCCUAGAUCCUGGAAACAGCAGUGUAUAUUUUUGGUGGCGGCUGGGUUAGUUUUGGGGGUGGGGGGAGGGAAGGGAGGGUACUGCAUGGGUUUUGUUUUACUGGAUUAUUUGAUCAAGGUGGAGGACAUAGGAGAGAUUUGCAUCCAUUUCAGGGGCCCCUAGUAAAGACAGGAAAUAGUUUGACAGGACCCUUUUUAUUUAAUCCGAGCAUAGCAUUUAAUGAAGUCUAGAAGCAAGAUUGUGGGUGGUGAUUUGGCCUGUGUCUCUUCCGUAUAUAAUAACUCUGAAGCCAUAACUUUUAACUGGAGUGGUUUGAUUUUUUUUUUGUUAUUGUUAUUGGGAGGGUCUGGAUUUUAACUUUUUUUAAUAUUGUUAAUUGUUUGUAAAAGAAAAACCUCUCUGUGUGUGAUUACCUCUCAACCUAUUUGUUUUUAAAGAAAUCACUGAAAAAGAGAAACCAUCCAAUCAAAUGCACACAGCUUAAUCACACUGGAACUGUUUGUUAUGUGUACCUGAGCCUGUACUCAGCAUUGAGAACUUCCUCCCUGCUUUGGGGUCCAAUCCUCCUUCCCUUCUCUUCAAUACUACCCUCCCUCCUCCUCCCCCCCAGCUAGAGUGGAGUUUCCUGAACUGUGGCCAGAGCCCUUUACUGGUCAUAUGACUGGUUACACCCUCUCCUGAGCCAGGAGGCGGACCUUACAUGCAGACUGAACAGACUGAUUUUGCGGAAUGGCGGCUUUGGGACAUAAAGACAUUUGGCUUUGAGAGCUUUUGGAGCCAGAGGUUACUGCUCAUAUUUGAAAAAGUCCUUCCUAGCCAUUGCUGGAAUCCUUUAACUUUUUAUCCCUCAAAUUGGCCAAGAGCCAGUUGGCAGCACGUCUUGAGUGCCCAGUGCCCACUUUCUACAGCACCUGUAUGCCAAGGGAGACCACAGAGCAAAGAGAAGACAGCAGCCAAGAUACCAAAGGUGAGAUGUGUGGCCAAGAUUCGCUUAGUGAUCCAAGCCUCAGGUUGGAUCUGGGACCCAGCAUCCCAGAUUAAAUGCCAGCAGGAUUACUUUAAGAGUUACCAAUCUCAAUAGGCUACAUUCAUGCAAAGGUCUUCCCUCCCUUCCUUUCAUUCCCUUGUCUCCAAGGGGAAAGCUCUUUGCCUUUGCUGACCAGUAGAAUCCCAUCUCCUCCCUCCCAGUAGGCCAAUGCCAAAACUGGUAUGGUUGAGGGAGGUAGACCCUCUCCCCAUUAGAUCAUUAGGGUGACUGCCCAAAACCCCUCUUUUUCUUCCUCAUAUUUAUUUUUCUGUUGUGUUACUCCUUUUCUUGCAUUAUGGAGUUUCUCCCCAUUCCCUAAACACUUGAGGCCAUUUGGCCAAAGAUAAAUCUUUUAGCACUUCACUUUGUCAUUAGCAUCAUCAAUUUACCCCACGUCUGGCCUCCAAUUGACCUUCCCCAUAGCUGAGCUUUGGGAGCUGGAAGCCAAGGAUAAUGAUAGGAAUUUAAGACUCCCAAGGCCACAUUUAUAGCUAGCUAGCCUUCAAGGUCUGUCUGAUGCCCUUUCUCCGACUAAUGACAUCCAAGUGGAUCCUGAAGCACUUAACCAGCUCCCCUGGUCGUUUCAUUUUUGCUCACCAUCCCCAGAGUUCAGCCACCUCAGGGGAAGAAUGUGGCAGCUGUUUGGGGCAACCCCACUAAAAUACCACCUGAGAGUUAGGGAGGGACUGAAGCUGUGUCCUUGGAUCAACCAAGGCUAACCUUGAUCCGUAGGAUUGCCCUGCACCUUUGGAUCCUUGAUUCGCAGACCAAGUUCAAGCCCGUUCUUACGUCGCCAUCAAGCCCUGGAACGGCUCCUCGGUACUUGUUUGUUAUUUUGUACAUUUUAUUAGAAAGGACUGUAAAAUAGCCACUUAGACACUUUACCUCUUCAGUAUGCAAAUGUAAAUAAAUUGUAAUAUAGGAAAUCUUUUGUUUUAAUAUAAGAACAAGCCUGUCCAAUUUCUGCUGUACAUUAUUAAAAUGUUUUAUUCACA